AAACAGAAUAUCUCUUGACAUCAAGUCAUCUGGUUUAAUCCAAAUUCGCCUCAAUUCAGCUGUAUAGCUUGGCUUGCUCCACUGAUGACAUAUGUGUCUUAUGCUCUUCUUGCUGAGUCUAGGAAACCUUUGUUUUCUGAGGGUCCCUUCUCGAAGGAUGGAGAUCUCUAAUGGGGUUUGCUUGGAGUUUGUUGGAUUGUUAAAGACUGGGAUAGAAUGGGAUCUUGGAGCUGCUAGAGGGAGGUCUUUGACUAAAAUCAUAUUGAAACUCAUCUGGAAUGGUGCCAUCUACCAUAUUUGGGUUGAUAGGAAUGAAGUUUUACGUAGUCAUGUUGUUCCUCAGUCUACUAGUGUUGUUAAAAUGGCCGUCUUUGGUGUGAGAAUCCGCAUUCAAAGCUAUUGCAGGAAACAAAGCGUCUUUGAAUGAUGCAGAAUCGCAGAUAAAGCUCCGUGUAUAAUAUUUCAGAUUGUUUCGAGAGCUUGGGUGUUUUCUGUUGUUUCUUCUCUGGGCUUUAGGGACAUUACUUUUGUAUUGGGCCCUGAAUGUUUGUUCUGUUGUGUUUGUGGGGGCGAUGGUGGAAAGUUUUCGGCUUGUAAUUAGGCUUAGUCCAUCCAAAACUUUUUUGUUGAGGAAUGAAGAUGCCCGCUUACUAACCAGAAAAAAGAGCUAAAGAAAUUAAUUGCCUGCUUUAAAAAGUUGAAGGAUUCAAUAGCACAAAAUGAAAAAGCGAAACUGUAUCUAAAUACAAGAUUUGCAUUUACGGGAUUUGGUUUUUAUUUUCUUUUUAUGGUUUCCAGUGUCACUUACCACGUGUAAUCUUUCCUGCGGCUAGCUCCUUGAUGUGGUCCGGUCCGAUAACGCCCGCAAAACGUACUUUCCUUGCAGCGCAUGUAAGAAAUUUUGCUCCUCCUGGCUGCUGUUGACUCUGUUUUUCCAUUUCAUAUAAUGCCCGACCUUUGACCUUUUUCGAGUACCCCCAAAGCCUGACGAAUCCCUAAACCCCUGAAAACUUAAACUGGCAACCUUCUUGGAUUCCUGAUGCUAAUCCCUUUCCGUGGUUCAGAUUGCCAGAGCAGCUUCUUUCUUUUUUUUUGGUCAGAAGCUAGAGCAGCUUCGAUCCUUACUUUUCACCUAUCUUUGCUACUUUGGAAUUUCAAAUAUUGUCGGUUCUUUUCUAUGUCUGCUAUUUACGUACUCUGAGGGAUCCUCGGGUGGUUCAGCUUUACUGGGUGAUUGGAAAAGGGUUUUAGUAUGGCCUUUUUUUAUACAUGUAGAUCUUGUCUGACUUCGUUCUUCUCUAGUCUGCUCUAAAUUGUCUUCUCUUUUGUAGCUCAGAAUAAGUAAUGCCUAGAGAGGUUGAUCCAUUUCGGAGGCAUGUGGAGGUUGUGGCGAACAAGUGGAAGUGUAAGUUUUGUGGCAAGGAUUUUGGUGGAAGUGCUACGAGGAUCAGGGCACACCUCGCUGGGGUUCCAGGCUACGGUAUUAAACUAUGCGAGAGAGUUGAUGAUCAUGUAUCACAAGCUUCGAAGGCGAUGAAAGGUAAAAGUGUGGCGGACGCAACCCACAGGGGAGGCGCAUCUAUUGAGGUAACGGGACGAGGAAGUGACGGUAUGGACCAAAUUGUAGUCCUUGGUAGUGACCAUGGUUCGAGUCCCCACGACAUGCAGAACUCGAAUCAAAACGUCCCCCAGCAACCAUCUUGCCAUUGGCAGAAUGGAACUGUUGCUGGUGCGGCUUCGGUAGAUUGUCAGUAUCAAGAGUCCUUUUGUCUCGCUGACAUGCCUGUGGGUGAUCCAGAAAUGCCCCCACAACCCAAUGGGUCAAUUCAACGCUCGGAUGAUGAACAUGGAACCGAAAAAACUUCAUCUCUCCUGCAACGUUCAACCGAUUCGCCGGCUUCAAUUUUUCUUGAUCUAAGUCAACUACCAGAGCUUUUUGAUCAGUCUAUUGAUCUCGAGACGAGGUAUGAACAACAGAAUAGUAGAGGGUCAUCACCAUUGCAAAAGCAUUGA